UCUCUUUCGCUGACAUCUAAACCUGUUUUGACAAUUCAAACGUUGGGUAUUUCAAAGUGUGUCGGGAAGAAAAAACAACAUAAAAGAAAACCUGUUUUUUUUUUUUUUUUUUUCCAUAAGCAAUAACUGUAUGAGCAGCUACACUUACCGUUCUACACGUUAUACACUACUAACCAUCCAUCUCACGGGUGUUUAUUGGAGGUAGGACACUGUUGGGGUUCGUUUAACAUUUUUGUAACUGUAUAACCCACACACAAGUUAGAAUUCCACCAUUUUUUUUUUCCAAACAUGGUACCCACCAACCCAAUGGAAAAGUCAAGUCUUUUUCCAUCUGGGACUUUCCUUUUUCUUCUUCUGGUUCUUCUCAAUGUCUCUGCUUCGGUGGCAGCUCCAACACCAGAAUCGGUGUACACCUCUUUCCUCGAGUGUCUCACAAACUACACAAAAGCACAAGACCAAGUUUCCAACAUAGUCUUUGCUCAAACCAACGCUUCUUUUUCUUCUGUCCUCCAAGCCUACAUUCGCAAUGCCCGAUUCAACACCACUUCAACCCCAAAACCCUUGCUUGUUGUCACUCCCUCGGAAGAUCCCCAUGUCCAGGGUGCUGUGAUUUGCGCCAAAAGCAUUGGGAUUCAACUCAAGAUAAGGAGUGGUGGCCAUGACUAUGAGGGUAUCUCGUAUGUCUCCGACCAACCCUUCAUCAUCCUCGACAUGUUCCACUUCAGGAACAUCACUGUGGCUGUGGAAAACGAGGUUGCUGUGGUUCAAGCAGGUGCCACACUUGGAGAGGUUUAUUAUAGGAUUUGGGAGAAGAGUAAAGUUCAUGGCUUUCCUGCAGGGGUGUGUCCCACUGUUGGUGUUGGGGGACACUUGAGUGGAGGAGGGUAUGGUAACAUGUUGAGAAAACAUGGGUUAUCUGUUGAUCAUGUUGUUGAUGCUAAAAUUGUUGAUGUCAAAGGUAGGAUUCUUGACAAGGAAUCCAUGGGGGAAGAUCUUUUCUGGGCCAUUAGAGGAGGUGGUGGAGCAAGCUUUGGAGUCAUCUUAUCAUACACUGUGAAACUUAUUCCUGUGCCUGAAGUUGUUACUGUUUUUCGGAUUGCAAAGAGUUUGGAUCAGAAUGAGAGUGCCACUGAGCUUGUAUUGCAAUGGCAGCAGGUGGCGCCGCACACCGAUCAUAGGCUUUUCAUGAGGCUGCUGUUGCAGCCAGUGAGUUCUAAGGUUGUGAAGGGCCAGAGAACCAUCAGAGCCACUGUAAUGGCUUUGUUUCUUGGAGGGGCUGAUGAGGUUGUCACAUUGAUGGGGAAGGAGUUCCCGGCUCUUGGCUUGAGCAAGGAGAAUUGCACUGAAUUGAGUUGGAUUGAUUCUGUGCUUUGGUGGUCUAAUUUUGACAAUACCACUAAGCCUGAUGCACUGCUUGAUAGGGAUCUCAAUUCAGCAAGUUUCCUCAAGAGAAAAUCUGAUUAUGUGCAGAAUCCAAUUUCCAAAAAGGGGUUAGAGGGGAUAUGGGAGAAGAUGAUUGAAUUGGGGAAAACUGGAUUUGUUUUCAAUCCUUAUGGAGGGAAGAUGAGUGAGGUUUCGUCUGAUGCGACACCGUUUCCUCACCGUGCUGGGAAUCUGUUCAAGAUUCAGUACUCUGUGAAUUGGGAUGAUCCAGGAGUUGAAUUGGAAAAGAAUUUUACUAGUCAGGCCAAAAUGCUGUAUAGUUACAUGACCCCUUUUGUGUCCAGUGAUCCAAGAAGUGCCUUUUUAAAUUACAGGGACCUUGAUAUUGGUACCAACAGUUUUGGAAAGAAUAGCUAUGAAGAAGGAGCUGUUUAUGGGGUCAAGUACUUCAAUGACAAUUUUAAGAGGUUGGUCAAGAUCAAGACUGAGGUUGAUCCAGAAAACUUCUUCAGAAAUGAACAGAGUAUUCCAAUUCAUCCAGGACCGGACACUGGUGCCAUUAAAUCUGGUGCUGGAAAAUUGUUACACUUAACACUUUAUUGGUCAGUGAUGGUAAAGGUGGGAUGGUUGUUCAUUCUUGAAUUAUUCAUAUGAUUAUAGUAAUCAAACAUGUAGUUAGAAUAAUAAUUAGGUUGUUUAACUUUAUCUUCCCCUACAAAAAAAGAAUGUACAUCUAGUUCUCUUGUGUACUCUAUGUUUCCGAAUUGAAGGCGUUAAGGUUUCUUGAAUAAUCCUACAGAAAGGAUAAGUUACAUGUAAGCAAAUAUAUCUUUUGAAUAUUUUGUACCUAUAACAAAAAUUGUCCUAUGAUUUUUUGAGUGAUAAGAAGCAGAUGGGAUUAUCUAUACUA